UCUUCGUGCAUGCCUAUGAAAUUAUAAAUACCCUUCUUCUCCAACAAAAACAAGAUUGGGGGUCCAAACUCCAGCACAGAGAUUGAAUGUUUCAUAAAGAUAUCUGCAGGCUCCCAAAUGGCAUCACUUAAUAGCUCCUGAGCAAUCUCCAUCAGAGAAGCUGCCGCCUGCAAGUUUUACCCAUCCACUUGCUAACUUUUAUUACCCCUCUUCAGGCAACCACAGCCGAAUACUGAGGCUGAGAGAAUCGAGCUCAAGUAGCUAGUGCGAGAAGGCGUGUCCUGCAAAGUCUCCCUCAGAGACAAGUAGCCACCUGCCAAACCUUGAUUACUUCGAAGUUUUUAGCUUUUGAACCUUUCCUCGUAACCUGGGAGAAUCACACAUGUCACCGUGCAGUCGAGCACAGCCCCCUGCAACGGACAACGGAACGAUCGAGCAUGGGAGAGAGAUGGAGCGAGCGCGGCGUGCAGAGUGGCGACAGAGGGUAUGACAACUGCGCUUGCGGUUUGUGUUCCCUGAAAUCGACUCCGCUCUUUGUCUUCAUCCUCCGGCCAUGCUGCGUUAAACUCAGUUCGCAUCUUUCACUGCUCCAUAAGCGAUGCCCUUCACAAGGUCCUAUUUUUUUCACUUAGCUAUCCGGAGCCAACCCCGUCCAUGGCUGCUUCUCUCCGGGAGCUCCUCGCUCAGGAAAGCUCACAGCUUUACUCCAACCGCAGUAAAUCCACCAGCUCCCCACUUGUCUCCGCCAGGCGCCGGAGCUUCGACCGUCCCCGCCGCUGCGCCGGCCAACGCUCCGAACCUUCCAACUCCAAUUCCAGGUCAACUACCGUGAGCGCUGCUGGCUACGACGAUGAUGACCCGGUUGUUGACGAGGCCGCGCUCUGCGGUGUCGUUUCCGUCCUCUCCGGCUACGCCGGCCGGUUCUUGAAGGAUGCUGACUUCCGGAGACGGUUGCGGGAUAAAUGUGCGGCGUGCAUCGUCACGGCCCGGAAGGGCGCCGCCACCCAUGCCGUGCUCACGAACUUGGAGAUGGGGAUCGAGAGCAUCGAGAGGCUGGCGGAGGAAGGCCCCUACAUCGGCGGCGCUGGGGACUCCAAGAUCCGAUCUUUGCGGAACUCCAUCAGGCUGCUGAGCGUGGUGGCGUCGCUCAACUCCCCCCGGUCGCGGGCCGGCCUCUACACCUGCGGCGUGCCCAACGCCCACCUCUCCGCCUGCGCCCAACUCUACCUCGCCGUCGUGUACAAGAUCGAGAGGAACGACCGCGUCUCUGCCAAGCACCUCCUCCAGGUGUUCGUGGAUGCGCCCUACCUUGCGCGCAAGAACCUUCUUCCCGAUCUCUGGGAUCAUUUCCUGCUUCCGCACCUGCUUCAUCUCAAGGUGUGGUACACCAAAGAAGUGGAGCUCGUCGCCAGCUGGGAGGCGGUGGACAGGGAGCAGAAGAUGAAAAGCUUGAACAUGACUUACAACGAUCAGAUGGACGCCGGCACCGCUCAAUUCGCAGUAUACUACAGGGACUGGAUUAAGGUUGACGGCAAGGCGCCGCCCAUUCCCACCGUGUCUUUGCCACCGAGGCCCAGCUACCUCGAACCAUGGGGCAAGAGAUCUCUGUCUCUCUCACGGAGUUCCAUCAAUAAGAACCUAUAUCAAGCAGUUUUUGGUCUGUCAUUGGAACGAGAAGAAACUGGCGAUGGCAUCCUCAUUGAUGAUGCUAAAUUAGUCUCAGAAACUCAAUUGGUUGCUGAUUCAGAUAGCACCGAUCGUGGGAACGGUGUCCAUGUGAGUCAAUGCGGCUUCUCUCGACAGAAUGAUGUUGGUGUUAGGCAAAGAGAGACGGAUAAAGUGCAAGAGAAUUUAAUCUCUAGAGCAGAAUUGAUACCACGCAAAUCGCAUUCUUUUAGGUUAUUCUCAUGUCGGAGUGUGCCAGAUGCUGCUACCGUGCAUCAUGUGCCAACUCCUAAGAAGGAAUUUGCAGUGGUUCCUCAAAAAACAGACAAUAACAUGCAACCACUGAAUCUUAGCAAAGCAAUUGGCUUAAUUUCAGAAUCUGAUAAUCUCAAAGAAUGUGAAGUUGCAAUUCACAUAAUUGCAAAAGCUUGGCGUGAUUCACAUAGAGAUGCUACGCUUGUGACAGCACUGUCUACAUCAUCUGUGAUCGAGGGCUUUCUUGAGGUAAAUUUCACCUCUACAGAUGAUGAUGUCCUAGAGUUAUCGAUCUCAAUCUUAGCAGAGUUGGUUGCAAGAAAUGACGUGAACAGACAGAUAGUACUGCAUGCAGAUCCACAGCUUGAAAUUUUCUUAAGACUGUUGAGAAGUAAAAAUAUAUUCUUGAAGGCAGCAGUAGUCCUUUACCUGUUACGACCAAAGGCUAAGCAAAUGCUAUCUGUCGACUGGAUACCAUUGGUAUUGCGGGUUAUGGACCAUGGCGAUGCUUCGCAAAGUCUGUUUGCUAUAAAAUGUCAUCCCCGAACGGCUGCAUUCUACCUCUUAGAUCAGCUUCUUACGGGCUUUGAUGUGGACCGAAAUGUAGAGAACUCGAAACAGUUGGUUGCUCUUGGUGGAUUGGACCUGCUGAUGAGAAGACUUGAAAUAGGUGAUUCUCAUGAGACGCACUGUGCUUCAAUCUUAGCAAGAUGUGUUAGAGCAGAUGGAAGCUGUAGGGAGUACUUGGCAGAAAACAUAAACAAAGCAUCGAUAGUUCAACUCCUCCUACGCAACCAAAUGAAGUCCAACAGCAGUGCAAUCACUUUGCUGAGUGAGAUGGUUUGUCUCAACAGAACAACACAGAUUAUUACCUUCCUGAAGGAAUUCAGAAAUGCUGGUUAUAUGAAUGCAAUGCAUGUUCUAUUGGUUUAUCUGCAACAAGCGCCUAAUGAACAGCGUCCACUAGCUGCAGCUCUUCUACUGCAGCUUGAUCAACUGGGAGAUCCUUUGCGGCAUAGUAUGUACAGAGAAGAUGCAGUUGAUGCUCUAAUCACAGCCUUGGAACACAAUUUACACAACAGAAAGAUCCAAGAGAAGUGCAGCAGAGCUCUUUUGCUCUUGGCAGGCAGAUUCUCUCAUUCCGGGGAGGACACCGCUGAGGCAUGGUUACUAAGGAGAGCAGGUCUACAAGACAGUUUUUCAGACUCAUUUAGAAGCAGAGAGAUAUUUUUAGAUGAAACUGUGAGACCGGAAGAAGAAGAAAAAGCGACUGAAGAGUGGCUAAGGAAGUUGGCCAUCACCUUGCUCACCAGUGGUAAUAAAAGGUUCUUAGUGGCACUUUCAAAUUGCAUAUCUGAAGGAAUCCCGAGUCUCUCGCGCUCAUGCCUUGUCACAGUGGCAUGGAUGAGCAGCUCUCUGGCUUCAUGGCAGAAUGCAAACCAUUUGUUGUUUCAUGCUUGUUCAACUCUUGCGCCGCGCUUGUUUGAAAGCCUGAGCUAUCACAAAGCCCAGGAGGAGAGGGUGUUGGCUUCACUUUCCCUAUUCAACUUUGUUAGAUAUCCAGAGUGCCUUCCUAUGCUUUUUCCAUUGGACAAAGAAACAGUUUGCUCACUGCAAGAUCUUUCUCAAGUGACUUGGACAGCAAAAGAACUUCUUUUUGCGAGCUGCAGAUGAACAGGUGCAGUGUUUCCUGAUGUAAAUUACAGUAUAUUAUUGGAGAUGAGAGAAAAAAAAAUCCAUUCUCACGAGCUUAUGGAACUCAAAUAUUCCUGCAUAAUUUUUAGCUCCUUCCUGGCAAAGGCGAAUUAAUGUUGUUAAACUAUAAUAAGGCCAGCUUUUUUUUCCCUGCUUUUGUUUUUUUUUUUUUGGGUUCAAAACUUCGUUUGCUUGUAAAAGGUAAUAUGAAUUGUCUGUCUAUUGUUUGUCCUGAAAUCUGAUAAAGAGAAAUCUAAAUCCCAUUAAUAUUGCCCCUGGGCUGGCACAGUUGAUUAAUGCA